AUGCAACGCCCUGAAGAUCCCAGGAUUGAUCUAGCUGAGCUGAAACUGCAUAUAGUGAAGAAGAUUGGGGCUGAAAGAUCUAGAAGGUACUUUUAUUACUUGGGAAGGUUUCUGAGCCAGAAGCUCACCAAGAGUGAGUUUGAUAAGUCGUGUUGCCGUCUUUUGGGGAGGGAGAAUCUUCCUCUACACAACAAGUUAAUUCACUCCAUCUUGAGAAAUGCGUCUCUUGCUAAAUCCCCACCACCACUUCACAAAACCGGCCACCCUGAAAAAUAUUUGGUGCUUGGGACAGAAGACGGACCUGAACAGAGCGGAUCUCUAGUCCCUAACCAUAACAGGAAUGAUCACGUUUGGUCAAACGGGGUGUUAUCCAAGGUUCGGUCUGGAACGUGUGACAGGACAGUCAGAGAUAGGCCUAGUCCGCUUGGACCAAACGGGAAGGUUGAAAGUCUGUUGCAUCAGCCACUCUGUAGAGAAGACAAGAGCGGUUAUAUAAACACGGAGAAGAACGGGGAUUUUGGUCCUUUUGCUUACCAAAGAUCAGGUCAAUACGCCGACGAAAGAGGCGGCGCACUUUCUCGUCCUGCUGAAAAAACGAGGAUGCCGGAUAAAGGUAAAGUCGCAGCUCCGGUUAGCAGAGAUGACGAAGCUCGUAGGUUGGUUCUUUCAACGAGUCCUGUAAUUGCACCUCUAGGGAUUCCAUUUGGCGCAGCUAGUAGUGUCGGUGGGGCCCGCAGAACAGGUCCGCUUUCGACCAGGGCUGCCUUGAUUAGCUGCUAUGACAGUGGUGGGUUAUCAGACAUGGAGAUGCUUAGAAAGCGGAUGGAGAGUAUUGCAGUAGUGCAGGGACUUGGAGGAGUUUCACCGGAGUGUACUAGCACGUUGAAUAGCAUGUUGGACGUGUACCUGAAGAAACUGAUCAAAUCGUGCGUUGAUUUGGCUGGAGCUCGGUCCACUAAUUUGGACAAACUGCAGAGCCGAGACGAAACUGUGAAUGGCGUGCGGCCAAGUAAUAGUUUGCACAUACAAAGUAGCAACCAACCGUCUCGUAUAACGCAAGAACAGCAUCCGGUGUCUUUGCUUGAUUUUAGAGUUGCAAUGGAGCUAAGUCCACUUCAGCUUGGCGAAGACUGGCCCUCGCUUCGGGAGAGAAUUUUCAUUCGUUCAUUCGAGGAACGAGAAGGGGUGUGA